GGCUGGUCAGAGGUGAGUGAAAAAAUGGCCGAUCAUCUUCCGGAGACAUUGGAACCCUUCUUUCACAGAGCCACCGAAGCUGAGGAGAGAUUGGCGAGGCUUGAAUCUGCUCUUGCGUCGACCAAGAUAGACACUCCGGAUGCGGAACUUGUGGAGAAGAUCACCCAAAUCCAGUCAAAACUCGAAGAAGCUAACGAGACGGUGAAGCAAGAACAGAAGAAGGUGAAGGAAUUGACCACUGAAAACGAGAAGCAAAGGUACCGUAUUGAGCAUCUUGUGCGCUCUCUAAAGGCUGCUGAUGAGAAGCUUGCGAAGAUCUCAAAAUGAUCCGAUUCUUGGUCUCUUCUUGUUGAUGCGUUUCUUAACAUCCUCACAAAGAAAUGAUCUAUUUUUUUUGCACUAGACACAUUUUGAUGAAAGCUUUCCUUGUCUUGUUCUUGGUUUCUACUGGUGUUUCUAGAGCUUUGCUGAAUGUUACCCUGAUCAGGUCCCGGAGAUGAGCAUGUUUGAUUUGAUCAUACGUUUGUUUGUAACCAAGGGUGAACGAAAAUGUCCUUCACCUUCCUCUCUCUUAAUUCCGAAAAGAUACGUUGAAACACAAAAA